AUGAGAAAAAAUUCUGAGAAAAUGGUGCAGGUGGGAUGCGAAGAAGGAGAGAAGUGCACUUCCAGGAUAUCAUCUGUGCUGCAAUUCCCGCAUGCACAUCAGUCCUACAAGUGCAUAUGUGGCUUGAUACACGUUAAACCUGCAACAAGAACAAUUGGCGCAGUUACAGUGUUUCUCAUUUCCAUGAAUUUCUUCUGGGUCAUUUUGACUUAUUCUGAUACAAAAGAUGUCUCAGUAGGCUCAGCUGUACUUUACAGCACUUAUGUGCUAGCAGUUAUUGUGUCAACAUUUGCAUUAUUCCUUGGAGUGAGCAGAAAACGAUCAACCAAAAGAGUUAUUAAUAUGCUUUCUGGCUGUUCAUAUUUUACUGUCUCUAUGGUCAACUCGUAUAGUGUGCACGUGCUAUCGAUAUUUCGAUGA